AUGUCUGCCUCAGUACUCCCAGCUACCGAUGGCAAUGCGGGCCCUUCCACAACGUCGAACGGACUGCCGCCUUUAGCUGACUUAGUGAGAAGGAGCACGAAAAGAACUAGAAUCGUUUAUGGUGUAGAGGGUGCUGCUGUCGAUGAUGGAUUGGCCAGAGCGAACAAGAUAAAGCUCGCUUCUAAACUCGCGGCAGAAUACAAAGAUGUUCAAACUUUACCACCUGUGUUAGCUGCUCAACAAGGACCUACAGGACCUAAACGACCUUCUAACCAAUCUGGACCAGCUGCUCCUGGACCACAAGCAGGGCAAAAACUACUCGGAGGACUAGAGGAUGCUCCAGCAUCUUCCAAUAGUCCAUCGGCUGUUGCUGAACCUAGAUCCUUGGUGAAAUUCAGACAUCAACAAGGGUUCGCUGCUGAAGGUGGUCAAGCCUCAUCUAGAUUAUCACAAGCCCUAAUGAGAAAGAAAGAAGCUAGAGAAAUCAAACCGGAGUAUCAUCCUCAAUGGAAACUUACAAGGGUUAUUUCAGGACACAUGGGCUGGGUAAGAGCAGUUGCUGUAGACCCAGGGAAUCAGUGGUUCGCUACUGGCGCAGGUGAUCGAGUAGUCAAGAUUUGGGAUUUGGCUAGUGGAGAGUUGAAAUUAUCUUUGACUGGACAUAUCUCGACAAUUAGAGGAUUGGCUGUAUCAGAUAGACAUCCAUAUCUCUUCUCCUGCGCAGAAGAUAAGAUGGUGAAAUGUUGGGAUCUUGAGACCAACAAGGUUAUCAGGCAUUAUCAUGGUCAUUUCUCGGGUGUCUACUCUUUAUCCGUUCAUCCUACUCUUGAUGUCCUUGUUACUGCUGGGCGAGAUGCAAGUGUUCGAGUUUGGGAUAUGAGAAGUCGAGCAAAUAUCUUCACCCUUACUGGUCAUACAAGCACAGUUGCAGAUGUUAAAACGCAAGACUCCGAUCCUCAAAUCAUAUCAGGCAGUAUGGAUUCAACAGUUCGAUUGUGGGAUCUUGCUGCCGGAAAAUGUAUGACCACCCUGACACACCAUAAGAAAUCAGUUAGAGCAUUAGCUAUUCAUCCCACGGAAUAUUCAUUCGCAUCAGCAAGUGCAGGCGGAAAUAAUAUCAAAAAAUGGAAAUGUCCAGAAGGUACUUUUGUACAUAAUUUCGUUGGUCACGAAGCUAUCAUCAAUACUAUGAGUUUGAACUCAGAUGGCGUAAUGUUUUCUGGAGCCGAUAAUGGAUCACUCACAAUGUGGGAUUACGCGACUGGUUUACCAUUCCAGCAUCUUAAAGAUAUUCCUCAACCUGGUUCAUUAGACGCUGAAGCCGGUGUAUUCUGCUCAACCUUCGACAAGACAGGUACUAGAUUGAUCACUGGAGGCGCUGAUAAGACUAUUAAAGUGUAUUCAGAACAAGCAUAG